AUGUCAGGUAAAGUUAUUGUGGUGUUUGCACUGCUGGUUGCAUUGCUCGUAUCUGGUGCAGCCUCCUCACCUGAGUCCUCUGCAGCUGGAGAUGCCAAAGAGAGAAACACGCUACAGCGGCUUCUGGCCAAGAGGGAGACAGUGAGAGACACGGCUCGUAGACAGGGGCUGGCUCCUCAGACUCACUCGUCACGGAUGGAGAGACGGGCACACCUGUCGGAAGACGAACGAGAGAUAAUGACCAAGCAAAUAAUGCAAGCAAUUUCAGAGGUGAUGAACUCUGAGUGCAUGUCAGAUCGAGACUACCAGGGCUGGGUGGACUUCGGACGCCGGGACGCUGAAUGA